AACAAGGAUCACAUCGAUGAUGUUCAUCGAGAGCUCCAUGGCUCCUACAAGGAUUGACACUCAGUUAACCUAAUCAUGGAGUUGUGUGCCGACGGGGAGCUAUUUGAUCGGAUUAUAGCCAAGGGACAUUAUUCAGAGUGUGUGGUAGCUCGUCUCUGCCAGCAUAAGGUGACGGUGGUGCAUGAUUUUCAUAUGAUAGGAGUGUUCCAUAGAGACUUCAAACCUGAGAACUUUUUUUUCUUGAGUAUCGAUGAAGACUCGCCAUUGAAAGCUACUAGAUUUGGUCUCUCGGUGUUUUUCAAAUCAGGAGAUGUUCUUAGAGACAUUGUUGGAAGUGUAUAUUAUGUGGCUCCUGAAGGCUUGCAUAGACAUUAUGAAAGACAAGGUUGGGAUUACACUGGAUACAACCUUUUUUACAACUUUGUUCUUGUUAUCAUCUUUUGUUUUAAACAUUUCAAUUUCCCAAAUUUUGUUCUUCAACUUGUUUAUUGA